AUGAAAGUCAUUUUUGGAGCUAUGAAUAUUGGCGAACCCGGCGACGGCCGCACCAGGGUCCACGACAUCGAGCAAGCUCGUCGGAUGGUUGACCUCUUCAGAAGUUAUGGCCAUAAAGACAUAGAUACAGCUCGAAUCUACGGGAACGGAUCAUCGGAAGAAUUUCUAGGCCAGAUGGGACUAUCUUCACUCGCGUUGGAUACCAAGCUAUUCCCAUCAGCCGCCAACCCGUCCAUGGCCUCAGCGACAACUGCUUACCACCACUCUCCCCGCGACCUUCGGAUCGGGCUGAUGGAAAGCCUUAAAGCACUCAGAGUCUCUAAGAUCCACAUCUGGUAUCUGCACAGCCCUGACCGAACCGUCCCUUUUGAAGAGACCCUGAGGGAAGUGAAUAAGUUGCACCAAGAGGGACACUUCGACAAGCUGGGCAUCAGUAACUACCAGUCAUGGGAGGUGGCUAUGAUCUGUGACAUCUGCGACCACAACGGCUGGGUUAAGCCGAGUGUAUGUCAGGGCAUAUACAAUGCGUUCCAUCGGGCGGUCGAGCCAGAACUCCUGCGGUGCCUACGACAUCAUGGCAUAGCAUUCUACUGCUUUAACCCCUUGGCUGCAGGCAUGUUAACUGCUCGAUACUCCCGCGACAAGCCGGGUGCGGUUUCUGGGGGCCGGUUCGACCCCGUGUCGGCAUCAGGAAACCACACGCGUCGGCGCUACUACCAUGAUGUGUACUUUGAUGCCUUGGAGGUCCUGAGACCUUUGGCCAAGCAGCACGGGCUUUCGGAAGUGGAGUGUGCCCUUCGGUGGUUGUCACACCACUCAGAGCUCAAAGAGGAAUACGGUGAUGGGGUUGUUAUUGGGUCGAGCAGUGUGGAGCAGCUGGAUGAGAAUCUCAAGGCUCUGGCUGGGGGGCCACUUCCGCAGGAGAUCGUCGAUGCCUUAGACAAAGGCUACGAGACUAUCCGCGGCAAUCAACUUAUCUACUGGCAUUGA